GAUCUAUCCAGGUCUUGAAUAGAUUAUUUGCCUGGCUCAACGACAACAACAACAAAGACCCACACACCCAGAAUAAAACCUCACACUCUCUGAUUCUCUGAGUCGGUGAGCUAUAGGCUAUCUUUUUCCUCUUUUUGUUCAGCCUGGUUAUCUUUYCGUUGGUCUUCGUGACUCCGUCGUCCCCUUUUUUCCCCCUGUGCUGUGUAGCGUGAGUUUACAAUGGUGUGUGAAACACCGCGCUGUGUGGUUACGGUUACCUCGUGGCUUCUGUCCAACGGGAGGCGUUAGGAGAUCACAUCGCGCGCAUGAUCCACCGGCAGCGCAGUUGCAUGUUAUCCUAUCCAGCGCGAGCCUGGUACGAGACAUCUACCGCCACCAGCUAACCGGAAUCUUCCUUUAUAUCGACGGAGACAAAAGAAAAACAACCACAUUCAACUAACGGCGGAAACCACCAGAAGUUCCUUUUUGUCUCUCCUUCUUUAUCGCGCCGUUCUCUUCUUAGAAUCUAGAGCCACGGAGCGCUUUACUAUUUAACCUACAGUAUAUCGGCUGUUGCAACGCCAUGACAGGCGAGAAGAAAGUCUCAGUAAUCAAUGGCAAACCAGAGGACGCCCUGGACUUCGAGUCAGCCAAUGACAAGAAGCCGGUCAACGAGAGGGGCCACUGGAACAACAAGAUUGAGUUUGUCCUGUCGGUGGCCGGAGAGAUCAUAGGGCUGGGAAACGUGUGGCGCUUCCCCUACCUGUGUUACAAGAAUGGAGGAGUAUGCGACCCAGGUGAUCGUGGCCCAUUUGAAUGUGUAUUAUGUGGUUAUCCUGUCCUGGGCUAUCUUCUACCUGUUCAACUGCUUCACCACGGAGCUACCCUGGGCCUCGUGUGAUCACUACUGGAACACAGAGAACUGUGUGGAUUUCCAGAGGAAUGGCACCAAUUUCACCUUCAACCCCAACGCCACCUCACCUGUCGUAGAGUUCUGGGAGUGA